UCCUUCGCGGCCCCGCUGCCCCGGGCGGACCCCGCGGGGCGUUGCGUCCGCUCCCGUGCGGAUAACAACCACGCUCGCGCUUCCCCGGCGGAGUUUAUCGGGGCUAAACCGGGCUGAGGUCCGCGGGGGCUCCGCGGUUCCCCCGUAGGUCGCGCGGUGUUGCAGGCCCGGCCCGCAGCUCGCCCUCCCGCAGCGCUGCCGCGCGGCCCCGGCCGGGGCACGGAGCGCCGAGGGUGCGGGUGCCGGGCUCCGUCCCGGUUCCUCGCCCCGCUCUCCGGCGUCACGCCGGAGCUGGCAGCGCUCGGGAGGCCGCGCUGUCCGAUUUCUGUCCGUGGGUCGGAAGCGGGCAGUGUCCCGGUGCGGGUGCGUAGCGCUGAGGAGUGGAAGUCGUUUGUUUGAGGGCCGUGAUAAAUCACCCGGACCGGGGCUGCGGCAGUUCUGCUCCCCGGGCCGCAGCUCCGCGGCGUCCUCUGUGUCUCUGUGUUAGUUUUCUCGGAUAAUUUAAAACUAAAGCCCGGUGAAAUGCGAGACCCGCUUCUCGCUGGACGUUGGCGUCCCAUUUUAAAUGAUGGAUUUAUCGGAGAAUAUGGAGGGUCCGUGGGGAGAAAGCUGAAGGGGGACAUUGAUACGCCGCACAGCCUCCAUGCAGCAAGAGGGGACCCUCAGGGGCCUGUCCGAUCAACCAGUGCCUCCUCGAUAGAUUCUUCUGCUCCUGACCUUUUUCACUUACUGAAUAUUUGCUCUCUGAGGCAGAGGACAGAGUUCCUUGCACAUGCCAUUUCGCUGGUGCUGUUACCCAAACAGCACGGACAGAAUUUCCAUCUUUGGAAUUGUGACCGCGUGGCUGAGGCCGGCUCCCCGCGGUACAAGGGCCCGGGGCAGGAGGAGCGGCUCUGCUGGGCACCCCGCACCAGUGCGCUGCUCGUGGCCAGGUUUGGGCUCUGAUGGCACAGGGUACGGCCACUGCUCGAAGCCCGGUUCGCUUGGGACACGCACAGGCAAGGCACGUGCUGACAACGCGUUUGUGUCCUCUGCAGCUUUCUUCUUAGGUAUUCCUUUUUUUUUUUUAAAGCACAUGGAUGGAUUUCUUCUUGUAAAUAAAAGCAAGGAGCCCAAAUCUAUUUUGAAAUGAACUUACUUUUUUUUUUCUUUUUUCCCCUUGUUAAUAGUUUCCUGCACUACAGUUGGUUUCAUGUUUUACUCCCAACCCUCAGUAUCACGAGGAGGGAGAGUUCUGGGCUGCAGCGUUACCCUGCUGGUGAAGCCGUGCUCGGUGCUGCUCCUGGAGAUGUGCCUCGGCUUUGGUGCGUGGAGCUGACAGCAGAAGCAGUGUAAUCCAUGGUACCCCCCGUCAGGGAAGCGCGGCGUGCUGUAGGCGGUGAGAUGUGUGAAGUCUGCAGUGGUGCUCAUAGAGCACAAAGCAAGGGAGGUCGCACAGAGAUCUCACAGAAAUCUCUUUUGGGAGCGUGGAGAGGAGGCUCUGGCGUAGGCCUGCAGGCAGGCAUUAAUCGGGGUGCCCAGACGUGCUGCUGGGGAGGGCUGCGUCUCUCGAGGGUUAAUCCCCUGAGGAAAGGAAGGCAGCCAGGUUGUACAAACACUUCUCAAACCCCUCGCUAAUGCUGUUACACGCUGGCGUGUUUGCCGAAAGCGAUCCCACCUGUCAAAACCAGGAUGAAUGGAUGGGGGGGACCCGCAGGUCUCUCUUAUCUGCGAGUACAUGUGUCUCGGUUCACAUCAAGAGAAAGUCGGCCUGAACUCCCCUAACCUCGCUGCUCCCGAAGGAACGGCGGGGCAGGAGGGCAGGGUGAAAUGGGGAUGGGAAGGAGGAUGACGACAAGGGCCGGGUCUGCCUCGCCUCCGUGCUGCUGUAACCUCGUGGAGCUUGGGUCUUCGCUUCGACUUUCUUUUCUUUUGAAACCAGGCAAAGUUUUGUGUGGUUUGUGCGUUCUGUGCUCUGCCACGUGGCAAUUGAAAAACAGAUGUAGUUGUUAGAUCUGGUAGACGUGGUGUAAAUGUUUACACUCUAAUUGAAUCACUGUAAAAAAAAUAAUAACUGCUGCUUUCUUGUUCAGUGUUGGGAGACUUUUGAGCUGGAGGCUUUAUUUAGACUGAAGGAAAACUCCAGUGUUCUGUACAGGUUUUUCUCUUGCUCAGUAUUGGUGGCUCUGUAAGGAAGUGCCUCACGUCGCGGGGCGAAGGCUGCGGUGUCUCUUCCAGUUCCUUAUUUGUAUGGAAGAUGAAUUCUGGACUUGCAGAGAAAUCAGUGCAGAUCAGGAGAAUUGGGGAAGAGCUGUUGCUGCAACCCAAGGCAGGCAGGAUUGCGUUGUUCGGGCCGUGCCGUUGCGGUGGGUGGUGUGAGGUGUGCAUGGAGCCAAGCUGCCCAGGAAGCUGGGAAGCAUGCAGGUGUUUGGGACGGGCCCGCGCCUGUUGGAAGCUAUGUGCAGAGGGUUUAGGUAACGAGGGAAGCGGCUGCAAGCGGCUGUGGCGGUGAGAAGAUCUGGUCAUGGAAUUGGUGCUAUCGUGCCAAGUGCUGGGGCAGCUGCUCGCAUCUGCUGCAAAAAGUGCUUUCUCCUGCCCGCAUAAAAGGAGUGGCGGGGGUUUCUUGCCCUGCCUGCUGUUUCAUCACUUCGUGUUGCUUUUGCUCGCGGUCCCUGGCUGCUCAGGGCAGUUGGCUGGAGGUGCAGGGUGAGGAGGAGCAGCGUGCUGUGGGUCACGGCAGCGUGGCUCUGCUGCUGCCUGCCUGCUCCAGCACCUACUCUGUAACUGCAGCGCUGUCAUCUUUACUGCAACACUGCCCAGAGGCUGCAGUGGGGUGCUGCAGAAACAGGCUGAGGUGAGCGCUGCUCCGAGGACCUCAUGGUCUGGUUUUGAAGUUGUCCGCAGUUUCCCGCGUGGAUGAAAGGGACCGGGGGGGUCGCGUGGGCUGGGGCGGUCGCAGAGUGGUGUUCGCUUCUGGGGCAACUUUCUGCUCUUUAGGAACUGCAAGUGGAGCUGAAAUGGGCCGCCCCUAGGAGAAGCAUGACCCAGGCACUGCUGCCUUGUGAUGAGCCGGGAGGCCAAGACAGGUCCUGGCGGAUUUUUGGCCAGCAGAGGCAGUGGCAGUGCCUGGGAGCAGCUGAGUUCCAUUGUUCGCUCUCUUUCCAAAUACGAAAAGCGAUAGCGCGAUGCUGACCCGUGGGGAAGGUGGCAGCCCAGCCGUGGGGCUGCGGGGCGGCCGUGUCCCUUCGGGGUGGCCUUGGUGGCUGUGCUGUGCGUCCCAGCACCACUAGGUGCCUCCCGGCCUUUGCUCAGCGGCUGCCAGCGGCGCUGCGGGGGGUGCUGGGUGGGGGUGCGGGAGGCACCCGCUGCAGCGCUGGGGGCUGAACGAGCACGGGGAUGUGCUGCAGGGGGCUGGGUCUGCCUCCGCUACUUCUGAUUUGGUCUCGCUGCAGCUUGCUUGCUUCCCAGGCCGGGGUUUGACCGUAAGGGCACGUGGUGGGAGAAACCCACUGCUGACAGCGCUGCCUUAAACAGCACCACAGAGAGCAUCGGGAGCUGUACACCACGGGGAUGUGCUCAGAUUGUACGUGGUGUGAGAUCUGCCAUCCUUCUGGUGGUCCCGGCGCUGGGAGCGGGAGGGGGCAGCCGGCUCCACUGCUGCCCAUGGCUGCCACGAUGAUUUAUGCGCUCCGAGUGAUUUUUGUGCUGGCUCAGUUCGCUCCAGGCUCAGCGGGAUCAGCUUUGGGGCCUACAGGAAUCCAACUGCUGGAAGGUUUGGGGGGUAGCACCUUCCUGUCCUCAGCCACUGUGAAAGUGCAGCGUGGUCGGUGGUGGGAGUGCUGGUGGCAGCACAGAGAUGAACCUGGCCCUGUGACAGAAGCGUUUUUAAGAAUCUUGUUCUUUUUUCUUUUUUUUCUCACUGUUUGUCCCCGGGUACAGCGUGUACUGACCAUUCCCUCACGCUGAAACUCCAUGAGGUGGCACGGAGUUUAAUGUGUUCAGAUAUCUCCCCCUCCACUUUUUUUGUUCCAUGCUCCAAUGCACCAUUUCACCAGCCAGCUUUUGACAGACAUCCAGUUUCAUUAGUGCUUGUAGCAGAAACCCAAAUCCCACCUCCUUUGGCUUGCGGACAGCCUGCGAUGGAAGCCUGGGCAGACAGAAUAUAUCCGUGUGUGCUGGGCUCUGCCUGCACCCAGUCGAAAAGCAAACAAGAAGAAGAGAUGCAGAAAUGCUGGGACCUCUCGUGGUACAAAAAAUAAUAUUAAGAUAAAGAAGAAGUUGAAAAGACCUUUGCCUUUCAGUUGUGUUAUGGGGGUUUCCUUGGCUCUGGCUUUGGGACGGGUAGGAUGAAGGAUGCUGAAGGGCAAGCAGUGAGUGCAUCAGGAGCACCAGAUUGAGAACUAAAAACAGCGACUAUUAUUGUUCUUCCCUUUUCCAGAUGUUAACUUUUCUUUAACUUUGAGACUGGAAGUUUAAAAGACAAAGGGUUUUUCAAACCAGUGCUGAAUUCUCGCUGUUCAGUUUGAGGCGUUUUACAGAAGACCAUUUUUCCCCACAAAGUGUAAAUCCUCCUAAAGCUCGAACCCAUUUAUAAUCUUCAUUUGAGCACUCCAAAUUGCUAGUCACUUCUAAAUAGAGAUGUUAAUCUCAGGCUUUCUACUUGUAUUUAUUGCCCUUGAUGAAAAAGAGAGUGUCAGGAGGGGGAAAUGAAUGGAGGCAGAGGAGGGAAAUCGGAGGAAUUGAGGGAAAGAGGAGGAAAAGGGAACAAAGAAACUUUGCUCACGUAUCUUUCCUAAAGAUGACGGGAACCACUGCCUUCACUCGAUGCGUUUGCAUUUAAUUAGUUGCCAUGCUUACUGCUGUUGCAUUUGCCAGGGACUCGGUGGCAGGUGUUGCUUCUGGGGGUGCUGGUGGCAGGCCUGCUUGCUGCCGUGCUGCCAGCGGGUGACGAGGGCAGGCAUCCUUACGCAGUGCAGCGCUGCCUUGCACCCAGAGCCCAGCUGUGGCACGGGGGGGUGGGAAGGAGGCCCCCGACCACCUCCUGCACAGCACAGAGGCCAUGGGAGCACCGACAGACGGAGCCUGGAGUCCUCACGGCUGCAGCAGUGACCCCGGCCUCCGUGCCCCCGCUCCGUGCUUGUCAGUGCGAGGUGCUGAGAACUCCUCUUCAGCAUUCGGGCAUGUGAUACGGAGCCGAAGGAUCUGAAAUACUGCAGUAACCAUGGCUACCAGUGACUUAUCCGAGGGAGUUUGACUUUUGUUUUGAUUUUACGUGUCUUAAUUGUAGUUUAAAAAUCAGAACCUGAAUGUGUUUUUUACUCAGGCAUGAAACUAAGGGCAUUAAAUGAUUUGCAUUAUUAAAGUAUCUAUAAUGCUGCCUUUCAAAGAUUCUCAGAGCAAGUCCUUAAUAUUCAUACCGUACGUGCUAAAUAAAGUUACUCUGCAGCUUUAUGUUAGUUCUUUUGCUCUCGCCAUAAAGAAUUUUUGCAGGCUUGAGUGCUCGGGAGGUGCCUCGCCGGCUAUUUUGCAAUCCCAAGCCCUUUGUUUGUGUGGCACCGCGUACUUUAUGCGAACACACACAAGCUGCUGCUUUUCCUCUGUCCUCUUUUGUACCCCAGCCAUGCCCCGCGGGGUCCUGCCUUCAGAGCUCGUGUUUACCGGAGAGGCUGGCUGCUGGAAGGUUGCCCUGCUUGGAAAUCUUGCCAACCCCCUUGAGUUCCUCCUGUAUGAAACAUUGCCGAGCACCACCUGCCCAGAGAGUGAGAAAACGUGGGUGGAUAUUAGCAAGGAUGCGGAGUGGGGAUGCUGAGCAGGGAUGCAGAGGGAUGCUAGCACCAGAACUAUCCCUCCUUCUAUAGAGGACCGCGUUAUGAAGGAAGAGUAGCAAAAGGACAGGCACUUGUGUAGCAAAAGAAUUUUUUCUCCUUUGAUUCAGUCGCUGAAAUGUUUAAUUUAGCCUGGUGUAGUUCUCUCUGUUUGUACUUGUGCAGGAGUUACAAACAUGCUGAAAUAUGAACUCAUGCUUCGUAAGCCUUUAAUUCCAGCUUUGAUGUUUUUAAUCAUCAGUACAGAUUUGGUUAAAAAAAAAAAUGGUGAAAUGAUUCAUUAGCUUGAAAUGCAUCUUGGAUUACGCUCGGUGCUGUGGAGAACAGAGGAGGCAGAGCGGGGCCAGCUGUCCUGAGAGCAGAGCGCGGGUGAGGCCGAGGUCACUGCGGCGGGUGGAACGUCACCGUCACUGCUCCGGGGCUGUUCUCUGAGGCCCUUUAAUGUCCCGGCCCAUCAGCUUUGGAGGUCUUGUGGGUGUCCAGCCCUGUGUUCUGAUGCUUCCUCAUUGCAUCUGUUUUGGGUCCAAAAGUGAGCAGUCCUUGUUUGGGGACAUGUCAGUCACAGAUGUGGGGCAGCGUGCUUGGGGCAAGAACGAGCCCAUGGCCACGCUCCUGCAAUAGGUGCAGCAGCAGGAGGAGAAUUUCUGGACUUGUUUGCCUUCCGUGCCUGCCUGCUGUCUGCCCGGAGCCGCUCCCUUUACCCUCACUUUCACCUUUUCCCCGUAUACGUGGGUUGGUGUUGGUGUCCCCAAGCUGUGGUCACGUAUCUGUGCUGAGCUCUGUCCUGCAGUGACUGGAGAGGAUUGAAAGCAAUCUGGCUUCAGAGCAGCAGCUUGGAGACAAAUCCUCUAUCCCAUUACUUGCCUCUGGCGGUCCCUUUUUGAAAACUGGGUGUCAGUGGUGCUUGUGGUCUUGGAGAGGGCUGCCCAGAGCAAGUAGUCCAUCUUCUCAAUGUCUGUACUGAAGUCCAGGUUGCUAAGCCAACCUAUCUCACCUCCAUUUCUGCUAUGGAUGCAGUUGCAUUCAUAGGAAGAUGCCUUUCACUGCUUCAGCUCUUCCCAGAUGGAAAGUGGGGUUUCUGUCCCAGUGAAGUCACCUUUAUACCGAUGUGUUCACGUUAAAGACCCCAGUCGUGUCACCGUUUUGAGACAGCUGUGCAGCCCAUGGGAGGUGCCCUGGGGGUGCUGCUUGAUGUGGUGGGCACUCUCCUAUUUUAUGUCUUUCGGAGCAGGAAUGCGAUGGGGCACAGCUGGACACCGUUGGCACUGCUCGGCCCUGCUGCAGCACGCUGCAGGCACAGGAGCUCUGUGAAGCUCUGCAUCUUCUCAAGAGCAAAGAUGAAAAAAUGAGGAAAAUUCCAGAAGCUUGACAGCCCUGCCUCCACCCAUAAAGGCAGAGGGAAGGAGCAGAAUAAACACUUUCUCCCUAUUGUGCGAUGAAUGGCUUUUAUCUCGAAGGCAUGUUCUGAACUGCUGAGAAGUAGAUGCAACUCCGCUGAAGUUUGUCUGCAAGGCUGCUUCUUCUGUGACAAAUUGUUAAGCAACAAAUACACAGCAUACUCAGAUCUCGCUUUGGAUAGAGACGGCCUCACAAAGGCACUUUCAGAUGUUCAAGGCUUCCUUUUGUCCUGCUUUAACUCUGACGUGUGACUGCUGCCUCGCUCUCCAUCUCCAGCGAGCGGAGCUGGGCGGUAAUGUGGGGCUGUGCCCGGGGGUGACAGCUUCUGCUGCAGCCCCUUCCUACUGCCCGUGCUGCAGACACUGCUGCUGCUUUCUCACCUAUCUUCCCCCCUCUUUCUUUUUUUUCUUUUGUGAAGUUUCCUACUUGAUUUCUCAUGGUUUUUCAGAGUUUUAUCUUGCUUCCAGCUCACACGCGUUUCUUCUGAAAUGUCAGUGAAUGAAACUGGAUGUUAUUCAUGCUUCUCUUACUGUUGGGUUUAGGUUUCUUUUGCCUGUUUUACCUGGAGGAUUGUGUCACCGCUGGGUCCUUUUGCUCUGUACCUGUAAGAGGAGGAAAGGGCCCAUAUGGGAGCUUUCCUGGGGUAGCUGCUCACAGUCACUGCUGAAAUGAAUUGCAGCACAUACAAACUCUUUUCUUCCAGCACAGAAAUAUCUUCUUUAAGUUUAUUCUCUAAUUAUUAGCAGUGCCUGUAAAAGUUAGUUGAGAAAAAAGCAGAUGGAGGGAUGUCUGUUCAGGUAAAGCGUGCUGUUUGAAGAGGCACCCACACGGGCAGGCCUGUGUCAUUUCUGUGGGUAGAGGGAAAGCAGUUGUCUGUGGGUAAGUCCUUCCACCAGCAGAGGGAAAAGGAAUCAUUAAAAUUAGUUUAAAGCACUGAAGAAAAUUCCCAUGGGGAGAAUCCUGGAGGAGAUGGAGCCGAAGGAGGCUGCAGUGAGCAGAGGAGCUGCCAUCCCUGUGGAGCCCCUGGCCUGCAGUGCGCUUUACCUGCGCGGGCUGGGCAACGAGGGCUCGCUUGGUGAGUGCAGGGAUGAGGCCUUUCCUUGCUCGUGCGUGAUGUUUCCUCCUCUCGACUCCAGCAGGUUGCUCUGAAGAGAAGAGUAACAUGAGUUUGACGUGAUGAAUAUUCAUGUAGCCGCUCCCUCCAAUCGCUUUCCUCCUUCACCAUGGGAAGAGUGGGAGCGCGGAGAUGUUUCUUGGCUCUCGAAGCAAUGGAUAAGGGUCUUGUCAGCAACUGCCUUUCUGCUAAUCCUUUCUAUUAGAGGAAGGAUGUUGUAGCUGGACGCCGUUCUCCGUACUAAGGCUGUUAGCAUGCCUUGACUCGAAGGGAGGGAUUUCAGAUACGUGCUGCAGGAAGCACAGCGGAGCGGUGUCAGUCAUCCCAAUAAGAACCUGUAUGAAUUUUGAGGUGCGGUUUUGAAGCAGACUGCAAAUGUGAUCGCCGCAUUGCGCGGCGUCCCAAAGCGCUCUAGAGCUGCGUUUGCUCUCCCAGUGCUCUGAUGGACGUGACAGAUUUCCCCUGGCUUGCCUGUUCUCUGAAGCUUGCAGGAAAUUGCAGUCUGAUAAGUUAGGCAAGUUGCAAGUCCUGACCAUUGUUCCUUAUCGUUUGAGGAUUGUUUGCAUCCCCUGUUUUGUUAUCCCAUCUCCCAAACGCUCCUCUAACCUCGCCUGCUUGUUUGGUCACUGCUGCUGUUUAGGUGGUGAACUCGUUGGGAUGGUUGUUAGCAGAUGCUGUGGAUUUGUGAGCAUGCAGUGCAGUUUUCCAGAUUUGUUGUCAUCUAUUUGCCAUCUUUUUUAUGUCACACUUCCAUAAAAUAUCCCUUGAAAAUGUAGAGCUCAAAUAGCAGGUGGCUUCUGAAAAGCUAAGAUCCGUCCUGAAUACUGGUUCUUGUGUGUUUUCUUCCCAGAAGGAUUCAGAGAACAUGGGAUGUUGAUCCAGAAAACUAGUUCAGAGUUGGAUGAGAUUUGCAAGUGAGCCUAAGAUUUCUCCUUCUGUUGGUGCACCACGUGGGCUGUGCGGGACACACUGCCCCAGGGUGGCUUGCUCAGGAAUCCUGCAGCAGAACUGCAGUUAUGACCAGAGGAGCACGCAGGAUCUUGUAGUCCUUUCCACUUGUGCAGAAAUGCUGCUGCUGUUCACCUCCAAAUGCAGCACCCUCACUGACAAGUGCAUUCGAGGCCAAGUGAAUCUAAGAACGAUGCUCCACGCACCGAGGAACAUGUGCGAGAGGCAUUGGGAAAACCAAGGAAAUAUUUACACUGGGAGGGGACUGUUUACAGUGCAGUUCAAACAGUUGACGUUAUUUAGAGCAGCCAGUGCUAUGCAAUAUUCUGCUUUUGCUCUUCUCAGGAGGGUCAGGCAUAAGGAAAGGAUCAAACAGGGCGAGCAGGGUUGUCCUUGGACGGUACGGAAUAUCUAACAGCUGCACUUAGGUUAGGUGGUGAGAAGAAUAAGCAACUGUGAGUCAGUCUCCUGGUUGAAGUCAAGGUCAGGGUGGACUCUGGGGUAGCAGCAGCGUGUGGACACCAACGUUCACGGAGAUGCUGGCCCCGCUUGCUGAUGUUUGGAUGCUCUCCGAAGCCCACGUGUGCUGCGGCGUGACAGGUUCAUGGCUGACAAGAACAGCACCCUGAAAUGCACGUUCUCUGCUCCUGGCCACAGCACCACUCUACUGCAGGGACUGGCCUCGCUCCGAGCUCAGGCUCAGCUGCUUGAUGUCAUCCUCACUAUAAAUAAUGAAGUGUUUCAGGUUCAUAAAGUUGUCUUGGCUGCCUGCAGUGACUAUUUCAGGGCGAUGUUCACAGGCGGGAUGAGAGAAGCCAGCCAAGAUGUGAUCGAACUGAAAGGUGUAUCUGCAAAAGGACUGAAACACAUAAUAGACUUUGCGUACAGCGCUGAAGUGACUCUUGAUCUCGACUGUAUUCAGGAUGUGCUGGGAGCUGCUGUCUUCCUCCAGAUGGUGCCUGUCGUGGAGCUCUGCGAAGAAUUCCUGAAAUCUGCCAUGAGUGUAGAAACAUGUCUCAAUAUCGGGCAGAUGGCCACCACCUUUAGCCUCGCCUCCUUGAAGGAGUCGGUAGAUGCAUUCACCUUUAGGCAUUUCCUCCAGAUCUCCGAGGAAGAGGAUUUCCUCCACCUGCCUCUGGAGCGCCUCGUUUUCUUCCUGCAGAGCAAUAAGCUGAAAAGCUGCAGCGAGAUCGACCUCUUCCGUGCCGCCGUCCGCUGGCUGCAGUACGACCCCACUCGCCGUGCCAGCGCCAGCCAGGUGCUCUGCCACAUCCGCUUCCCGCUCAUGAAGUCCUCCGAGCUGGUGGACAACGUCCAGACCUUUGACAUCAUGGUGGAGGACGUCCUGUGCCGGCAGUACUUGCUGGAGGCCUUCAAUUACCAGAUCCUGCCUUUCCGGCAGCACGAGAUGCAAUCCCCUCGCACCACCAUCCGCUCCGACGUCCUGUCCCUCAUCACCUUCGGUGGCACUCCCUACACUGACAACGACCGCACCGUCAGCUGCAAGGUGUACUACCUGCCGGACGCCAGCGUGCGCCAGUUCAAGGAGCUGACGGAGAUGGAGGUGGGCAGCAGCCAUUCCUGCGUGGCCGUGCUCGACAACUUCGUCUACAUUGUAGGGGGCCAGCACCUGCAGUACCGGAGCGGCGAGGGAGCGGUUGAUAUUUGCUACCGUUACGAUCCUCACCUGAACCAGUGGCUGCGAAUCCAGGCCAUGCAGGAGAGCAGGAUCCAGUUCCAGCUGAACGUCCUCCAUGGCAUGGUGUAUGCCACCGGCGGGAGGAACCGCUCGGGGAGCUUGGCCUCCGUGGAGAAGUAUUGCCCCAAAAAUAACGAGUGGACUUACGUGUGCUCCCUGAAGCGCAGGACGUGGGGGCACGCCGGAGCCACGGUGGGAGACAAGCUGUACAUAUCAGGUGGGUAUGGGAUUUCGGUGGAGGAUAAAAAAGCUCUGCACUGCUACGACCCGGCUGUGGAUCAGUGGGAGUUUAAAACCCCAAUGAACGAACCCAGAGUCCUGCAUGCCAUGGUCAGUGCAAAUAAUAGGAUUUACGCCCUGGGAGGCCGCAUGGACCAUGUUGACCGUUGUUUUGAUGUCUUGGCUGUGGAAUAUUAUGUGCCUGAAACAGACCAAUGGACAACAGUGAGCCCAAUGCGUGCAGGUCAGUCGGAAGCUGGCUGUUGUUUGCUGGAGAAAAAGAUUUAUAUCGUAGGGGGGUACAACUGGCAUCUGAACAAUGUCACAAGCAUUGUGCAGGUGUAUAACACAGAAACUGAUGAAUGGGAAAGGGACCUGCAUUUUCCAGAAUCUUUUGCUGGGAUCGCGUGUGCUCCUGUGAUACUGCCGCAGAUAACGACCCAGAGAUAACUAAGCGCCGCUGCGCUGGCCGUGCAGUCACCUCGUGUUGCAUGUUCUCGGGAUGGCGUGUUGUUCUCGUUGUUUGCAAAUGGUAUCGUGCAUUUUCUGGGUGAGGGAAGGAGAAAAAUAGCUUGCGUUCCCUCCUCCACGGAGUCCCUCCUUCUCUUCUCUUACGUAGUGUUCUGGCAGGCAUGCUUCAUCAGAAGCACUUGUCAGCUAGUUAGACUUAGCAGAUGUUACAGCUGGAAAAAGCUUUUCUCUUUUUUUUUUUUUUCUUUUUCUUUUUCUGAAAAGUGUGUGGGGGGGUGGGAAUGCAUUUUGCCAACUUUCCAUAUUUUUAACAAUAUUACACAUUGCAAACAUUGACAGCUCAGGAGUAACUAAGUACUGUGGUAUGUUUAAAAGAGUUCAGGUGUGAUUUUUACUAAUAGCUCCAGAAAUCAUUGUGCGUCGAUUUGUUGUUUUUUAGCAAACAAAAAAACCAAAACCUAAAUAACACACUGACCUCCAGAAGCAAUAAAGGGACAGCGGGAGCUCGAAGAGCUCAGGUGCUUGGAUUUUGAAAGCGCGUUCUUGCUUUUCAGAGGUGACUUGCUUUGUUUUCCCCCUCCAAGAAGGGGAACGCUUAUCCCUGCACACCUCUGGCCUCUGUUGGUUCUUCACUGUUUGGAUUACACUGCAAUUCCAGAUCCCUUCCUCACCCCCUCCAGACAUCAGCAUGAUAUUCUUGUCCAGAAAUUCUCCCUUAAUUGGGGCAUCCGCGGUUCGCAGCACUAAAGCCAUGUUGAUAACUUGAUUACACAUAGACAGGCACGAUUUUUUAUAACUGCCAAAAAUUUGUUUGGCUUCACUGGCAAUAAGAGCUCAGCAGCUGUUCAUCUGGGCUGAGCAGGAAAGGCUGGAGCAGAGAGCACCCAGGGUCUGUGCCAGGACCCCGCUGCCUUCGCCUUCCGGAUCGCUCCCUGAACACGUCAUCCAGCCCUUCCUGCAGGGGAAGGGAGGUGGGUGCUGCUCCUUCACCUGCUGGAGGGUUUUUUCUCUUGACUUGUAAAUAAGAUACUGAGUUUCAUAACAAGACAGAAGUCCAAGCGGAAUGGCUUUUGUUGCCGGUGGGUAUUUUAAAUUAAGAGAUUCAUUUUAAGACGGCUCUGUCACUUUUGUAAAAUCUGUGUUUACUGCACAGAAUACUGUUAUUUCUUGAAACUCUCCUUUCCUCCAAGCCAUUUUUCUAAUUAAUUUGACUGAUAAAUGAAGUUAAGGUUUCUUCUUUUAUCAGGUAUUCUGUUUCAAGGGCUUUGUUUUGUAUCUGUGAAGUUUGAUUUUGAUGUACGCAGCCUUCUUUUUGGAGAAACUGUUGCAUUCUGCUGGUUAAAUAAAUGCUGUGCUGUAACCUUUAGAGACAAUGUA